AUGAGAAAUUCACCCUAUCACGUAAUAGCAAAAUUGCUGGUAGAAAAGUUAAAACCGCUUCAAAGUUGCCUGUAUCCGCGAAGUUUGAAAGACACCUUUGAGUUUGUCGAGGCCAUCAAGAACAUUAACGUGGACGGACAAACGAUGCUCUCGUUAGAUGUAUCAUCACUGUUCACCAACGUACCCGUUGUGGAGACAAUAGACUUCCUGGUCGACUUCAUCAGGGAAACAAACUACCCAAUUGGCAUGACAGUGGAGACGCUAAAAGAACUACUUACGCGAUGCACACAGAAUGUCCAAUUCCUCUGCGACGGCCAGCUAUACAGCCAAAUAGAUGGUGUGGCAAUGGGUUCACCGCUUGGACCGUUUCUCGCAAAUGUCUUCAUGGGCAAGGUCCAGCAAACGAGUCUCAAAGAUACCAUUAAUGACCUUAAAUUCUACGGUCGAUAUGUGGACGAUACCUUUUGCAUGACGAGUCAUACCACCGACAUCAAUGGUCUAGUUCGCAAGUUUAACGGGGCGCACCCAUCUCUGAUGUUUACCGCAGAGACCGAGGCGAAUAACGAGAUCGCAUUCCUCGAUGUCCUUCUACACAGACAAGAGGAUGGAUCCAUCCAACGCAAGAUAUUCAGAAAGAAAACCUGGACGGGACAAUACAUUAAUUUUCACAGUUUUGUUCCCUUAAAUCUAAAACGAAAUUUAGUCCAGGGACUGGCGGCUAGAGUGCGACGCAUCUGCUCUCCUGACACUGUUGAAGAAGAACUCCAGCAGCUGCAAAACACGCUCCGCGAAAACGGCUAUCCAGAGCGAUUCAUCCUCCGGAAUAUUAGAGGGCGGGCCACAAAACCGGCCGUUGCAACUGCGGAGAAGACUUAUUUCUAA